GAGCCUCCGCCGCCCCCUCCCGGUACCCGGUACCCGGUUACCGGUGCUCCCCCUUCCCGUGUCCGUCCGUCCCCCCCCCGCGGGUCGGGAUUGGCGGGGGCUCGGCGGAGGCACCGCCCGGCCCCAGCAAGUCUCCAACUUUCUUCCUGCCUCCCGCCGCCGCCUCCCGUCGCCGCCCGCCAGCCCCGGAGCCCCGCGAUGCUCCGCCGCCGCCUGCCCCGCUUCGGGCCGUGGCUGCUGCCGCUGCUGCUGCAGCCCUUGUGUGCUGGGGGCCACAUCACCAAGACCCUGGGCUACCUGGAGCUGGGCACCUCCGGCCUCCUCAAGGAUGUCCCUUACGGCACCCUGAAGCCCCCAACGCUCGAUGCCGGGCGGCUGAUUCCUGCAGAGCUCCCGCGGGGCGCGGGGACCCCCUCGGGCGCUGCGCGGACCCCUUGGGACUGGCAGAAGAACCAAACCGCGGGGGAGCUGCUGAGCGGCCGCGCCCGGCGCAAGCCUGCGCUCAAAUCCGGGCGCACCAAGAAGAUCUUCGGCUGGGGAGACUUCUACUUCAACAUCAAAACGCUCAAGUUCAGCCUGCUGGUGACCGGCAAGAUCGUGGACCACAUCAACGGCACCUUCAGCGUCUACUUUCGCCACAACUCCUCCAGCCUGGGCAACGUCUCGGUCAGCAUCGUGCCCCCGUCUAAAGCCGUAGGGUUCGAGGUGCUGGUACCCGGCCCUUGGGUGCCUCUCCCACCCCUCCAGCAGAGCACCCUGCCCGAGGGGCGCCCCACCAAAGCCCUCAACUGCCACGUGGAGUACGAGAAGACCAACCGGGCGCGGAAGAACAAACCCUGCCUGUACGACCCCUCCAAGGUCUGCUUCACCGAGCACACGCAGAGCCACGCCGCCUGGCUCUGCGCCAAGCCCUUCAAGGUCAUCUGCAUCUUCAUCUCCUUCCUCAGCAUCGACUACAAGCUGGUGCAGAAGGUCUGCCCCGACUACAACUUCCAGCACGACAAUCCCUACUUCGGCUGAUGCCACCAGGGCCGGGGCAGGGGGAGCCUGGAGGGGGUCUCCUGCUCCUCGUCUUCUGACGGCCACCAGAGCUGCGCGGAUGGAGGUUGGGCUUCUCCUGCGCCUUGCCCCCUGCCAUCACCCCUGCACCGGGCUCCUCUUCAUCACAGCAGCGCUCCUGGGGUGUGGGGUCAGGAAUGGUGCACCCAGGACACAGCUGGCAGAAGGGAUCCUGGUCCCGAUGCCCACCGCAGCCACGCUCCUGUCCGUGCAGCUGGGGUGGGGGUGCAGGCAGCAGGGGCUGGGGUCCGUGGGGGAGUCAGGGUGUGCAGCCCUGCACGAUGGCCUGGGCUGGGUGUGUGUCUCCUCCAGGGUGGGCACAGGGGCAGCUGUAGUGAGAGGGUUCCACCAUGGUCAUGGUGCUGGGGGAGUGGGAGCACCUCCUUACCCUGUAUUUUGAGGGGGGGGGGGUGACACCUGGCCAGGUAUUCUGAAGCUUUCCCUCCACCUCCCAGGGUGAGGCAGUUUUGGGGGCUCCAAACCAAGCCCUUGGUGCCCCACGGAGCACCACACACGCACUGGGAGACCCCUGCCCAGAUUCACCACCCACAACCCGGGUUUGUAGCCCCUUGCCCACCGGUGCUGCCUGCACCCAACCCCCACCGUGAAGAAGAGCCACAUCGGAGGCAGGGACCUGAGGGUUUCUGGGGGCUACCCCUAACCCCCAUCCCCCACCCCCGCCAGGGUCAUCUUCAUAUUUUUUUUUUAGAAAAAAAAAUAAAAUGGAAAAAAAAAAAAAAGGAAAAUAAAGAAAAAGAU